AUGGCGUUGUUGCUUCUACUGGCAAUGCUGACAGUGUGCGCUGCCGUUCCUCAAGAUCUGUCAGGUAAAAUGCUCACCUUCCCACAGCAAACCAAUACAGCUUAUGUGAGGCUGACUUCAUCGAGACAAGAUUUGAAGGCUGUAACCGUCUGUCUCAGGUUCUUCACAGACCUCAGUAGAGACUACAGCUUGUUCUCUUUGGCCACACCCUCUAUUGCCAAUGACUUCCUGAUUUUCAAGAAAGCUGCAAGCAAUAUGACUGAGGUCUCUAUUAGGAAUCAACUCGGUACUUUUGUCGGGCAGAACUACAAACUGAACACAUGGCAAUCAAUUUGUUCCACGUGGGACUCUGUGUCUGGACUGGCGCAGCUGUGGGUAAAUGGAAUGCCCUCAAUUCGGAAGUUCGUCAGCUCUGGAUCCAGCAUCAACGGACCCAUUAUAAUUGUUUUAGGACAGGAGCAGGAUUCCCAUGGUGGGGGGUUUGACGUGAACCAGUCCUUCCUUGGCAUGAUGUCGGAUGUGCACAUGUGGGACCACACCCUAACCCCCUGUGAGAUCCAGGACUACAUGAAGCAUCCGAGCUUCACCUCGGGGAAUGUGCUUAACUGGAGGGCGCUGGAGUUCCAGACUGUGGGACGAGUGCUGAUAGAAAACAAGCAAAUGAUCUGUUACUGA